UCAAGGUUUUCAAACUUGACUGGAUGUCUGUCUGGAAAUUUAUAGUCCCACACAGGGAUCCAUCCUUGCUUCCCUGGCAGUGGCGCAAAGCCCUUGGAACUCAAGAAGUCUUAUAAACAAGAUGCCGCCAAAAAAGAGAAGCGGUGAAUAUAUGAAUCAGAAAGAAGAAAGCGUAAAGCUGCCAAUUCAAGUAAUUGGCAACAUGCAUUUGGUAAAGAGGACUGUCAAUAUACUGGUGUAGAGAAUUGCAGUGGAGAUGGUCGCAUAGAUAAUGCAGAGGAGUCUUAUGUUCAUGAGGGAUUUUUAGCUGAUUGGAGGCCAGGUAUUACCAAGGUCUUCUCAUCUGAAAGUCGUUCGAUCAUUGGAGACAAGAACCCGCCUAAUGAUAUGCCUACAGAAGAGGGUGCAAAUGUCAGAGAACAACCCAAUAACUAUAGGUCUGCAUUCACUCGGCCAUUGACUGGCCUAAAUCAGGGAUCUCAGCAUGCAUUGAAUCAUUCCCAGCAUCCUUACAACUUUCCUCACUGUGCAUCUAAUGCAUUGCGACCAACCAACAGUGUUCCUAGUAUGAUAUCAAAUACCUCCAAAACUCAGCUACAUUUACGGCCAUAUCGAUCUUGCAAAUUCAACAAUCUACGAUUAGUGAAACUGGCACCAGAUUUGCCCCUAGUGAAUCUACCGCCAUCUGUUCGUGUAAUCCCAGAAUCGGCCCUUAAAUUCAAUCAAUGUGGAGCAUACACCAAGGUUUCUGAAACUGGAGCUGGUGGUGUUGAUGUUGGAAUAGGAAAUAUAGUUUCUCCAUUUUCAGGUUUGGCAAGUCAUUGGUGAAUAGAAGUGAUAAAAGCAAUCCAACAAGCGAGAAUGUCACAAAUUCAUACUCAGAAGAAUCAAGGGUUGUCAAGGACAAAAGUGUUGCAGAAGAAAAAAGUACUCGCACGGAUCUUCAGAUGCAUCCAUUGCUAUUCCAGACCCCUGAAGAUGGACAACUGCCAUAUUAUCCAAUGAAUUGUGGAGCUGGUACAUCCAGUUCUUUCAGUUUGUUCCCCGGGAACCAGCCCCAACUAAACCUAAGUCUCUUUUACAAUUCACAGCAAGCUAACAGCGCUGAUGAUAAUUUGAUCAAAUCUUUGAGAAUGAAGGAAUCUGUUUCAGCAUCUUAUGGAAUUGAUUUCCACCCACUCCUGCAAAGAACUGAUGAAACAAAUAGUGAACUAGUGACUGCAUGCUCCAUUGCAUCAAUAUCUACUGGUUUGGAUGGCAGAUCUGCUACACCCACUCCUUUGGAUGCUGUCCAGAUGAGGCCAGUGGUUCAUUGCAGCCCAUUUGUUACCAGGUAUAGACCCUCUAGUCCAAUUGAGAAAGCUAACGAACUAGACUUGGAGAUCCAUCUUAGUUCUGCAAAAGAAAAUGCAGCAUUAAGUAGGGGUGUGACUGCACAUCCUACAAACUCAUCAGUUAGGUUACUAAAUUCUCAAAAUGCAACAGAAACACCCGACGUUUUCCAUUCAUCAGGCAACAACUUUGUUUUAGGUGGCUGUUCUUCAACUGUAUCAACCAAAAUCUUUGGCAGGUACAUUGAUGAUGCAAGUAACCAGUCUCAUCCAGAGAUUGUGAUGGAACAGGAAGAGUUAAGCGACUCUGAUGAAGAGUUUGAAGAAAAUGUAGAGUUUGGUGUGAAGAAAUGGCUGAUUCUGAAGGAGAAGGUUCAGGCUGCGAGCAAGUUUCCGAGAUGCAAGAUAAGGAUGCUCAAUGUUCCAUGACACGGGAAAUUGUGACAGAUGAAGAUUGUAAUGAUCAACGAUGGGAAUUAAGUAUCCACGGCACCACGGAAAACAAUGUUUGUGGUCCUGAAAGGGAAACCCCCCGUCUUUCUUGAAGAUGGGUUUGACAGGUCCAAAGAAGGAUAAAAGCAGUUCCUGGUUGAGCUUAGACGCACCUGAAUCAAACCCUACUUCACAUGCAAAACCUAAGAAUGAAGCGAGUACAAUCAGCAAAUGCCCUCCUACUCAAACUUCAGCUUCACAUCGUCUCAACAGACCUUCAAAGCAGGCAACACCAA